CUCAAAAACUCUUUGGGGUAAUAAGUGAUAUUAAAUACAAAUAUUGAUAAGCUUAAUUUCCCAAUUUCUUGUUGCAUGGGUGAACACAUACCAAAAUGGUUGCAGAAACAAAUGAAUUCCAAUGGUCAAAAAUGAUCACACGAUAGACAGACAUCUUCCUCCAUUGCGAAACAUUUAAUUGAGACUGGUCACAAAGUUGAUAUCAAGUCAGCAUUUGUAAUGUUGUUUCAUAAUCGUUGGAUGUGAAAAGACAUAUACUUUAUAUAGUGUAUUGAACUGUGAACAGAAAUAAUAACUAUCAGUGUACACGUUCAAGUAUAAUUUUUGAAAAGUUAUUUCGUAAAAUUACUUUGCAUUAUAAAACAAUCUGAACAAUACGAAAUAUUUCGGGAUAAGUUUAGUCAUUCUGCAGUUAAACUCAUUUUGUUCAUCAUCCAAACAAGAACAUUGAUAGUUUCACAGUAUAUAUUCUUUCCUUUGUGAUGGAUGACAAAAGGCCUGAUACAGGUCGUGUUAACACGAAAUGUAAAUAUAUCAUGCUUCUUAUGAUUAUGACAGUCACAUUAUACCUAUCAAUUGAACUAUGUCUUUUCACAUCGGAUCAAUAUGUAUUUUACAAUGCUGUGACGGAACAAGGCCUACCAUAUUUAACACGUCAAGAAAGACAUAAAUAUGCAAAUCUAUCAGUUGAUGAUAAAAUAAAACUAAGAGCUGCACAAAAGAAAGCUGCUACACUAGAGUCUACUACAAAUGCAGUCAGAAUAACAUUAGGCUUAAUUUCAAUGUUAAUAAUUGGCUAUAUAUCAGAUAGACAUGGUCGUCGUGUUGCUAUAGGUAUUCUACUCUUUGGAGAAUUUUUACAUAUAACAACAGUGUCUUUAAUAGUAACAUUUAAUUUGAAUGUAUGGAUAUUACUCCUUGCUGGUUUUUUUGAGGCUUUCUUCGGUGGUGGUCUUUUAUCAAUUUAUGCUCAAGUAGCAGCAAUUGUGGUUGAUAUAAUACGAAUUUCACACGCUAAAAAAGAUCUGACUGUUACAACAGAAAAGAUUAGCCAUGAUACAUGGAUUUGGUUUACUGUGUUUGAAUCUAUAGCUUUACUAUGUUCAUCAAGUGGCAGCCCGAUCGGAGGAACAUUAAUUUAUCAAUUUGGUUUCAAAGCUGUGAUUAUCACAGGUGCAAGUUUAUUUGUACCAAGUUUAAUAAUUUUAUGCAUUUUCCCGGAAACCAAUAAUACAUAUGGAUCACCUAUUAAUGUUGAAGAUAAUAAAGACAAUGAUUCUAAUAAUGUUCAAACAAUUGAAAUUCAACCUGAAUGGAAAGAGAAAUUCAUUAUGCGAAUAAAAAGUGUAGGACAUUUGGAUCCAAUCUUAAUUGUAAUUAUAAUAAUUAUCGUACUCCUAGCGAUUGGUGCUAUGGCAGAUCUUCAUUACAUUGUUAUCUAUCUCAUGGGUUCACCAUUCUUGUGGAAUCCUCAACAAGUAGGAAUAUAUAUGUAAGUAGGUUUGUAAUAUUUUUCCUAGUAAAAUACAGAAACCAUUUAGUGCAACUAAUAAAUCUGAAAAUAUUAUACUGAAAUGCCAUUUAAAAAUAGAAAUUUGUGAAUCACUUCUUCUACAGUCUCUUACGCUUCUCCUUUUUUAAUAGUCUUUUUUAAUAAAUCAACAAAGCGACACCCCGACCAUUCAGUUGAAGAUGGUAUGAAGGUGACCUGGCACGAUUGAUAUUGUUGCUCUGCAGAGUUUACCGAACCGGGCCGAAGUGGACUGUGUUCCAUUAUCUGAAAUAAUAGCAUUUGAUGGUCCGGAACGGUUGAACACUUCUGUAAUUUUUUCAUCGUGGCAGUGGUAGACACACUGGUCACUACGAAGACUUCCGGGCAUUUUGAAAAUGCAUCGACGAUAACCAGGAAUUGUUUUCUCUGAGAUGUUUCAGCUAAAUAUAUGUGAGGGCAUGACCAAGGUUCUGUAGGUGCUGAUCAUGCUCGAGGUUCAUCUUUAGUGGGUAGUUAAGAUGACUUUGCGCAAUUGUAGCACCUCCUCGAAAUCUAGUAAUCUAGCCAAAGUCAGAACAAGUAAGCUAAUUGGCUUGAUAAACGUUAUCUGUUUCUAAAACGUAAAUUAUCACUUUUAAUAUACAAAACAAACAAUUAAUACAGUCUAUUAAACAGGGACAAGAGAGAAAUAACAUUCCGAAAAGUAACUAGAGGAUAAGCAAAAUGGGUUAACGAACUUAAUAUCGUUCAUGAUAAACAUAAAAUUAUAAUUGGUGAAUAAGCAAAACUUUGUCAUAUAAGGUCAAAGAAAGUUGACAUGGUGGUGGGCGUUUCCUGUCUUUAUCAGUGGGUUCCUUUAUCGAUCACACCAUACAAUCAUGUCAAAGAAUGAUCGUAACUUGUCAACAUUUUAUGCUACUGGCAUUUGUCUAAUCUCGUCGAUAUUGUCAGUAUCGACUCUACGACCGUCUUCGUCGAUCACGAACCUCAGAUACUUGAUGGUUUGUAUGAAGAAAUUUCACUCAUCUUCACGUAAGUGGAGGCCAAAUUGUAUUAAUUUUUAACAGGACACUAUCAAGUCUGCAAAACAGUGGAUAUGAAUAAUCUAACAAUCCAUUAUUUAAACUUGUCAAGAAAUCAGCACAUAAAUGUAAGGAUCCAUCAACCUUUUUAACAACUACUAAUUGGGCUGCACGGGGUGAAGAUUUCACUGGUUUGGGGACAUUUAGUUUCGUCGAUUGUCCAUUUCCUUAUCUACUAGAGGUAAGGGGCAUAUGGAGCUAAUCGUCUUUGUUUGAAAACAGGUCGAAUUUUCGGCCUCAAAUAUAAAACUGUUUUCUGCACCGUCCGACACCCCAGGGUUUCACUGAAUAUUGUACUAUACUUUGACUUAAGGCGAUUGAUAAGAGAGUUUAUUGUUAUAAUAGUAGGUGUCUGAGUUCAGAGUAAAAUCUGUGAGCAAUUGAGAUUCCGUGGCAUAUCUCAUAAUGACAGCUGCUACAUCUGAUUAAUCACCAACAAACCUGAAUAAUGACGAUUUAUGGGGCAACAUUUACUUCAUAAAGUUUGAGAUCUAAACGAGACAUCACACUCAAUUUCAGUUUUAUUAGAUCUCUGAACGCAUUUCCGGCUCUGUGAGGCGUUUGUAAGACAUUGUAACCCAAAUAUACGCCAAGUAUCACAGGAAACCAGAGUAUUUAGUGAAUGAAAAUGCAGGUGUGGACAACCAAUGUAUUUCAAUACAAAAAACAUCAAAUAUAAAAACCAUACGUUCAGUACUUCAUUUGCAAAUCCUCCAUCAAUUGUCAGGAGCUUCAUCGUUUCUUCAUUGCCAUAACAAUUACGCUCCGUUACCGUUCUCUCAGAUUCUAUUAUCCCAACCUUCUGCCAGGUUCUCAACUUUCGAUUGAUGUUGUAUGCUACUUGUGUCUGUCAACAUAAGUAGCGUACACUACAAGUAAUAUGUGACCCAAUAUCAAUCUGAAUUCUGUUAGAUACUCUAUUUAUCAAGAUCUCACGACUUUCCUUUUUAACAGACAGAUGGACACUGGAAACAUCAAAAACGCUAUGAACGUUCUUAUGUGCGACUGAUUUGAAUCUCUUGACACCAGAAAGUAAAGUACUAAAACUGCGACAAAACCCGUCUUUGUGACCAAAUCGCUGUGAUUUGCUACAUUUGUUAGUUUUAUAUGAGCAUCUUUUUCCAUAAUUUCAAACAUCACAAAACCAAAAAGCUCCUUUCGACCUUUGCAAAUGACCAGCCUUACUGUGAAAUUUUUGUUGGUGCUUUGAUUUCAGAGUAAAUGCAUUCACUGCAUGUGUAUCUUUUCAGUUUUUAACUAGUUUUGUGUCGUGUUUUAACUGUCGAAUACAAUGACACUCCGCCAUCACAUCUUGAAAAUUUAUAGAUGGGUCCUGUUCCAUGCGUGCUUAACUACAAGUACAUGUUUCAGAAUUAGAUUAUCACUGCAAUCCACAGACAAAAACUAAACAUUUGAAUUGGUUUUGAGUUAAUGAAUCCAGAUUAAAACAUUCUCAUGCUCGAUUCACUUUAUCAGUAUAUGUGAGAAAACCAUCAAUAGGUUUUGUAUAUUUUUAAACAGAUGUAAUGGAUGCUGAAUAGAGAUGACUAUUCACUGAAAAUAUUUCGAAGGAUACUGCGUCGUGAAAAUAAAUAUCUCUAGACAAUUUCAGUAGUAUAAAAUUUGUACAUUUGACGUGUCUAUUUGUUCUUGACUUCCUGAGAAGAGGACGAACUCUUGUGCCAUUGUUUAGAACAGCCAGUUCAAUUUUGUAUAAAUCUUUAUAUCUGUUGUAUCAAGUAUCAAAUGUGAUUCCGUUUUCGGGAUCAUAGAUAUGAUCAUUAAUUGAUUUCAAUAUCAUAUCCACUUUAUUUUUGAAGAUGACUAAGCAAAUUUGGAAAUCAGUAUAUCCAUUAACUUUAAAUAUGUAUUUUAAAAAAUAGCUUAUGUAGAUAAAAAUUUUCAUAUUAUUUUUAAAUUAACAUGUACAAUAUGGAUAGUGGCUAGCAGUGGAAUCCAGGGUGCGCAUUUCGUCGUAUUUGGGACUCGUCAGCUGGAUGUACCUGCAUCUCAGAGUUUAUGUUAAUUCUGGGACACGAACCCGGUACCGUUCGCCUCAAACGGCAUCGCGUUAUACACUUGACUACUGAGUCCUGAUAACCACUUGCUUGUGCAGUGAGGUGAAUUAAUCCCAGAGAGAGUACCAACAUUGUGAUGCAGGUUCAUCCAGCUGACGAGUCCCAAAUAGGACGAAACAAGCGUCCUGGAUUCCGCUGCUAGCCACUAUACAUCUUUGCUUAUAAAGCUUGUGAAUUAAGGCAAUAUCGAGGCGAUAUGCAAAGUAUACACAUAUGCCAAUAACAGACUGAUCAAUUGCGGUUUUAAACCUCAAUGGGAAGAUUCAAGCAAAGCAAUACCAAGUGAAUUUAACAUGUACAAUGUUUUGACUUUACCCAUACUGAAUUCAUUGAUUUUUAAUUUCCAGUGGUCUCAGUGAUUUCAUAUCAUCUGUUUUGGGGAUUACAUAUACAAUUAUUGUUGUUAAAAUUCGUGAACGAAAAAGUAUAAAACAAAAAUUAGAAACAAAUGGUAAUCAUACAUCUCAAGAAGAACAUAAAAAUGAUAAAUCACGAAUAGUAUUUUUACGGAAUAUGAGAUUACUGAUCUUUACAUUGGCAGGUACUUUAUUAUUAAUGAUAAUAAACAAAAUAAUGAUGGGUAUUGCACAUCAGUUCACACAACAAACAGCAAGUACUAUUGCUUAUAUGGGAAUGAUUCAAUCAUUUGGAGGAUUCGUUGCUCGUAUUGGAUUCGUCAUUAGUUUUAUCAGCUUACCAGCUGUAUAUGCAGUCACUGUUACUAUAUUUCCUCCGAUUGUAUUUCUUGUUGUUAGUGGAAUCUUGCUUCUAACAAUCAUAAUUGAUCUGUCACUACUACCACUUCUGAAAACAAGCAAAGUUCAUCAUUAAGAAGAUGGAAAUAUCCAGUUAACGAACUGAAAGCUAACGAAUAUUUUUUAUCAGAAAAUCCAUCCGAUAUAGUUUACCUGAGAUUUUACAAUCAUAUCCAGAAAUCUUAUUUGGACAAAUAUAUAAAUAUAUAUUUUUUCGGUGAUAAACUGUAUUAUAAAUACUUUCAUGAAGCUUCUGCCUUGUUCCUAUUUAUAAGUACUUCAGCUCUGUUUGAUCAAAUAUAUUCUUUACCUUGAUGAAAGCGAAUUUAUACAAUUUGGAAACAUUUUUUAAAGCAUUUCUAGCAAUAAUAAUUGUAACUAACCUGUGAUGUUUGGCACUCAUAAUUUUGUUUGUAAUAAUGAUGCAAUAGGUCUAUAAUAUUUAUGUUCAAAUGUAAUUAUCCUUCAACUCACAAAAAGACCAUUUACUAAACUUUGUUUAAACCGGGUUGUUUAAAAGUAGAUUAGUGAGCUUCUUUUAAAAAAGGUUUUCACUUAUAACUUGAAAUUUGAAUUACUAUUUGAUUGUAGUGACUUGUGUAACGUCAAUUAAUAUCGCGAUAAGUGUCAACAUUUUAAGUGACUAUCAUAAAUGAAUGUUAUGAAAUGAAUAUUUUCCAUAUUUCUAUAUUUUAAUGGUUAAAUAAAAUUAUUAUCAGAAUGAGGUUUGUGGAGAUUGUAGUAAUGUUAAUAGUUGAAUUCAUGAGUCGAUGUAAGAUAUAACACCACUUAAAACCUGGGAGCACUGGAGGGCCGUUUUUUCCUAGUAUGGGACUUCCCAACAGUGCUCAUCCACGAUCCCACAUGCGGGAUUAGAACCCAAAACCUUCGGUCAUAUUAACAUUUAAUAACUGAAAAUAUGAAAAUUAUGUCAAACUAUUGAUUAUUGAGGUUAGAAUAGACUGUACCUUCAAAUAAAGUUCAAGUUAAUAAAAUACGUAGGUUGUGAAAAUCAUACCAAACUGAUAAUGAAUCAUAACUGGAAUAAUAUAUUGUUUAAAUACAACUACAUUUUGGCCUCAUACUUUUUAAUAAACAAUAAACUUGUAUACCACACUUUAAGAUAAAAUUGUACUUCAUUCCUGAAAAGGAGAGGAAAAGUUGAGUGGGAUAAAAGCACAGAAAUAGGAUGCCCACAUGCCAGUAUACGUCCUAGAGUCCGUUUAUGUAAAACUUUAAAACUAUUAUUUGUCUUCCAAUUAUUCUUGACGAAUAAGUGUAGAAUAAGUAUUCAUGCCAGCUUGAUGACUUUUGUGACUAGAAAAUCUGAAUGAUACAUACGUUUUAGUUCGUUGACACUAAUCCCGCUUCAUUAACAAAAUAUUCCCAAGUAGUUGCCCUAAAUAGAGGUAUACAUGUGGACGGUAGUAUAAAAGUGAUGAACACGCUGGUUGAUCAGAGAGGAAACCAGUUCAUAUGGCACUUAUUACACACCGAAAUAAAUUUCCGAAUAGACGGGUAACUUAGAUCUGUUCAACUAAGCUUUGGAUGCGAUUUGUGUGGAUUGGUGCUGUAUAGUGAGAGAGAGCGUUGAGAAAAUUCUAGUUGCAGACGGAGAAUAGGACAAUAAAUAGGCCAACGGACAAUCGGCAUGCAAAUAAGGAACAUUGUUAGUUUUGUAUAUUUCGUAGACAGAUUAGAAGCUGCGUACUCGGGAGCGGGUUUUCGUCGUUGUAUGCUGAAUAGAUAUGGCUGUUAGUGUUGUUAAUUACGGUAACAGUUCUUGCAGCAGCCUCCAUAACAGUUUCCACCUUGGCAUCCACAACAUCCACAGCAUCUAGGGCAUUGAGGACAUUCACCAGGACAACAACCACCCUGACUGUCUGGUGCUGGUUCUGCAAUCACUGAAAACGAAAUAACACAACGUCACAAUAUGAUUCACAUGGAAUAUGACAGAGCAAAACAAAACAGUUAUAUGCCUACACCUCUAUUCAGCCCACUUCAACUCUGGUCACUUAACUACAUGUUGUUCCACAAAUCGACAACACACCGCAUUACUAUUCAUUUCAGUCCUGUUGACUUCGCAUCACUCCACUUCGCUUCAGUUGAACACAUGACACAACACUGUUGUGUUAAACUGAAGGCUGAAUCAGCAAGUGGGAUACUUUUGUAAUUACUCGCCAGUAAGUGGCAACUUCAUGUUAUGCGAUCGAGUAAGAUAAGGCUCACCUGAGUUGUGACAUUCGAAUGAUGCGACCACUACAACAAAGAAGAGCUGACAUAAAAACACGGAUCAGGCAUAUAUUAUUACACACAACAGUAUUUCAAUAUACUAUGAAGAUUUCUAUUGUCGUUUGCUGUCAAAUUAUUGCUGACUGUAUUCAUUCGACCACGUUCGUGGAUGUUGACGUUCGGAGCAAACACGUGCUCACGUGCUCAACCGAAACAAUCCAUUUAACUACAUAUGUAAAUAUAUUUAUGUGUAUGUAAGUUAAUAUGCAGGUAUGUAUGUAUGUAUGUAUGUAUGUAUGUAUGUAUGUAUGUAUGUAUGUAUGUAUGUAUGUAUGUAUGUAUGUAUGUAUGAAAAGACAAUAAUUUACGCUUCACUUUGUUCCAUCGAUUGCACGUGGUCCGUAUGCCUUUCUGUUCAGAUUAUUUCGGUAAUCACUGACAGGCAGGCUAGUGGGUUAGAUGAGAUCUAAGAUUGCUUAUGUGUGCAUUUAAGUGGGUGUGUUUAAAAUCGUCUCGGGAAAUAUGAUUAGUACUGUGAUGAAUUUAUGACUGGCUUGAUUUUGUAUACUGGUUAUUUUCUAUUUUAUGUUGUGUUGAGGUCUAAUUUGUUUGUAUGUAAUUCAAGUAUGUAUAAUAUACAUGAUUCAUACUUUAGAAGAUGUGCUCUGGAUUCAAACAGUCAGGUCUGGACAGAAGUACCAAUCGGAACUCAAAGAUGACUCUAGGCUGCUCUUGCUGGUUUGUCCGUCCUUGAUUUGGUACGGUACUGAGGUCAUGUAAGUCGGUGCUCCAAGUGGUAGAAUUAAUCACAUGAUAUAAUAACCAAGGUCAUAAGAACAUAGCAGAAAUAAUUCUACUGAACCGAAAUGAAACUUAAGUAAAAACCACCACUCUCACUAAAGAAGUACAGGUGAUUAUAACAACUGUUUAUGCAGGAUACACCAUAUCCAUUAGUCAGAAACCAUCGACAGUAACUUACUCUGGAAGAAAACAAGUCAGCUGUCAGUUGGGGAGAAAUUCGAAGUAGAUACUGGAGGUAAACACGAUACACUAUGCGAAAUUGAUCAAACUACAUCUCAAGAAAAGUACUAAAUGGGAAAAAAUAUGUACCAAAACACACAUGGCACCUGGAAUUCAAGCCAGACAUUUUCGGAUAUACUUCUACGAUUGACCGAUCUGUUUAAGUCUAAUCAUAAUGAGACGAUUUAUUUGUUUGAUAUUUCUUGCUUAUUAUUGGAAAAUCAAUCAUGUGUGGGUCAGUCUAAAAUCUUACUGGCAUCGGUAAAAUUAUCUGUCACAAUUAUUAUAAUUAACAAAAUAAUGCUAUUUUAGAAAUAUCAGAGUCUAAUAGAUUGACCACUUGAAAAUGUGAACUUGAAAGUCAAGUCAAGCAGAUAAGUAAUGGAAUUCCAGUAUUCUGUAACGUCUGAUAAUUUAUAAUUAAUGGAAGAGCAGAUACUUUGUCUACACUUCACUUCUGAUUUUCUUCAUCUAAAUUAUUGAUCGUGAUUACAGACACAUUGUUUAUACCUCGCUUCAGCAGAAAUUCACACUAAUUACUAGGCAAGUAAAAUGGAUCUUUUGUGUGCUAUACAUGUUACAUAUUUGGCAAAAACAGCAAGUGCGAGGAGAUUUCCAUCUGAAUGGCAAUUUCAGUGCCUUAGCUUUUAUUGAUACAUAGCAUGAAAUAAAAAAUAAGAGUUACGUUGGAUUUUCUUCGCAUGUUCGUUUAUGUCUAAAAUCCAGUUAUCGUAUUAUAAAUUAUCGCUUACUAAUAUAGUCUUUGACUAUAUACCACAGCUGGAAGAUUUCAUAAGCAGGUGACCACUAUCAGCAGUACUUUCAGGACAGAAAAAGUGACUUAAUGCACUGAAUCUCGAACAUCAAAACGCAUUUGCCAGAACCCUUGUCCAUAAACUACUGUUGGAACAAGCAAUAUCCUACAAAACGUGGAUUCCAUUUUCAGAUUGCUUACUAGAUCCAGGAAUUCCAUUGUAUAGCUGAAUCUUCACUUUAGCUACUGCUGUAUUUUUCACAAUUGCUACUAGAUUUAGUUUCAUCCAGGUCUAUAUUGGAGAGAAAAUCAUUUCUG